AUGCCGUACCAAGUGCUGCCCGGCCUCGUGGUCAUCUCCGUCGCCUUCUCGCUCAUGGGCGUGGGCUUCGGCGCCGUCAACAAGUGGCAGGCCCGCAACAACAUGCAGAGCAAGCUGGAGCUGCUGACGGACUGGGACCGUAUGAUGGACGAGCGUGACCGGAAACUGGCGGCGAGGGCGGCGGCGUUU